CAUGCUUGGCUUGGGGGAGCCUCCCUCGGGAAGGCUGGGCUCGCUGCUGAUGCUGCCGGGGAAGCGUGUGUAGCAGGGAGGCUGCCCAGCUACAGGGCGCUAGGAUGCACCUGGCCCGCGGGAGGGGCGGAGAGAAACGCGCCUCCAGCCGGCUGAUCCCAGGCCGGGGACGCGCCCCUCCCAGCCGCCGCUGCUCCAGAUCCUGCCGGAUCCGGGCUCUGGGGCGGUCUGGGCGGAUCUGAUUUGGGGGAGCUACCUUCCCCCGGCCCUGGCUGUUGCAUUGCAUGUGCCAAGCCGAUCUCCCUAGCACUCAGCAGCGGGUGCCUUGCGCGGAGCCUCCAUCUCCACGGUGCGCUGCUCUUAGCAACAACCGCUGGCCAGGAGGAGGAGGAGGAAGGGUUGCAACCGACCCCGGCAGGGAGCAGGCUGCCCAGCGUCUCCUGAGUGGAGCUGUCCAGGAUUUCGUUCGGUGGGGGGCUGGGGGGUGGUGAUCCGGCUCCCGGGAGACCUGUCCGUGGUGCUGACGCCAGCCCCUUUGGGGUUCAAGCCAGCUUCUUGCAUGGAUUUCUCCCCACAAGAAAAUGGCAUCUUAAACUCACACUGAGCUCCCUGCUCCCACACCUCCGUGUCCCUAGCUUGAUCCCCGCUGACCGAUCACAGCAGACAAGCACGGAUCAGCUGGCAGCCUGAUACCCUGUUGCACCUGGGCACGGCGUGGCGUGGGGAGAAGGAUCCUUUUUGGAAAGAGCCUUUAUCCAGCCUGAGAACCAUCCCCACUAGGAAUCAUGGCUGCUCUCGCAAGGGGUUUCUGUCUCUCUUCAGUCCUGUUGGUUAUAUGGGUUGGCGUCUGUUCUCCAGUCUGUGUGGAAGUCCCGUCAGAGACGGAGGCUGUCCAAGGAACUCACAUGAAGCUGCUCUGUAUCUCCUGCAUGAAGAGAGAAGAGGUUUCUGCCAGCACUGUGGUGGAAUGGUUCUACAAGACUGAAGGGGGGAAAGAUGAGCUGAUCUAUGAAUACAGAAAAGUAUACCAUGAAUUUCCAAGCCGCUUCAGUGGCCGGCUACAAUGGAACGGGAGCAAAGACAUGCAGGAUGUGUCCAUCACUGUAUUAAAUGUGACCUUGAAUGAUUCGGGGAUCUACACAUGUAACAUCACCAGGGAGUUUGACUUUGAGAUUCAUCGCCCACUCUUCACAAGCUCCAGAUUGAUCCAUCUCACUGUGGUAGAGGAGGCUGGAGAAGAUUUCACAUCUGUCAUCUCUGAAAUUAUGAUGUAUAUUCUCCUGGUUUUUCUCACCUUGUGGCUGCUGAUAGAAAUGGUCUAUUGCUACAGGAAGGUCUCCAAAGCAGAGGAGACUGUACAAGACAAUGCGACUGACUACCUCGCCAUUCCAUCGGAAAAUAAGGAGAACUGCGCUGUGCCCGUGGAGGAGUAGCCAAGAGUAGACAGGCCAUGACCUGCAAUAAGGAACUCUGAAGUUGGAAGGACCAAGUCACUCCAGCCAGGUUUGGGAAAACUCUACAGCACCAGGAGGAAAUAAGGGGCAAGUGUAAAUUCUCUUCCACUUGCCUUGGACAUUGCACAGCCUUGACUUUGGCUUCAGACUCCAUUUGCUAAAGGAUUCUCCUUUGAAGCAUGCUGAGGAAAGGGGGUUGGGGUGCGGGUGGCACUGCUCCUUCCUAGAUUUUGCCCCCACUCUCAUCCAGUGGCCUUGUAAAUACAAGUAUCAUUUAUUACCCUCACCAUAUUCCUUUGCAAAAUAUGCUAAUUCGACACUGCAGCAUUGAGGGGUAUGUCACAUUACCCUGACACACAUGGCCAUCAGCAAGGUCAUCUUAGCAUUGUGCUCAACCUUUUGAUUAAGCCUGAACAGUAGCUUUAAUUAUUAAAAAGAAUAUCCUAAUCCUGCUCCACUCCAGUGCUUACUAUUUACCAUUCAAAUGCUUGCUCUCCAUGCUGCCCUGGACUGUAGGCUGCUGUUGCAAACCUAGGACAAGAAUAUGGAGAAGCAGUAGCUUAGAGCUGCAAAAAAUGUACAACAGCACUCAGCAUGCAGAGAAUUAGUGGGCAGCAAUCUACAUGCACUAGCUUGCCAUGCACACCCUGCUGCAUAGUGUGCUUUGAUCUGCUGCAGAACAUUUAGCACAUCGUAGCAGGUUUCACUCAGCCAGUUAGCCCAUGGCAAGCUAAUAGGAUGUAGAUUUACAGCCUAGCUUGCCGCACACUAACCAUGAAUAGCCAUGCCCUCAGGCUGUACCACUGCUAACUUGGGUUUCCCUGCUAUAAACUGCAACGAUUCCAAGAAGUGAUGUUAGUUAUAUUUGGCAACUGUUUGUCAGAGUUCUAGCUGUCUCUAUUAGCCUUGCUCUAUUAACUUACACAAUAGUGUUUACUUAUCAUGGAAAUAACCUCUAUCAACUAGUGUCCUCCAACAACCACAGGAGAGCAUCCCUGGGAGACAAUAGUCCCUGAAAUUAGCAAAGUGUCCUCAAAUGGAAGAGCGUUAAAGGUCGGAGUCCCUGAAGGGAGGAGAGAGUCUGGUUUAGGUAAGCAAGCGAAUGAAACGGACUGAUUAUUCCCAAAUGGGAAAAUGAUAAGGCAGUUUGGGAAUUUGUGGAGCUUUUUAUAACUAAUUGAAAGUCAUGGUGGGACAGUUGCACCACCUAGAGGCAACCAGUGGUUUUCUCCCAUAGCCCUUAAUGUGUUUCUUGUGAUAAUGAUUCUCCAUGCUGAAUACUCCGUGUUAGUCUCAUGUGAUCUAUUAUUGCAGAGCCAUUCUUGUGUAAAUUAAGUUUCAUUUAUAAACACAGUACUGCACUGCAACAGUAUAUAAACAGUUGCAGAUACAGUAGCCAGGUGGGGGGGUUGGCUUUAUUAAAUGUAAAACAUUUAAACAUGUUGACUGUGGUUUCCCAUUCACAGAAACAUUAGUCUUAGAAUCUGAGAUUAUUGGGGAAAAGGCUUGUCUAUAUGUAGAGAUGGCACGUGACGGUGAGAUGCUGCUGAAUGCCAUUUUUCAGGAAAUGAGUCUUUGCUCCUAGCAGAUGACGUGAUAUCCCCUGCUGCAAUGACUGCUAUACAGCUUGCAAAGUUAAGUUGAAUCUGCCACACUGUUUGCUCCUAAAUAAAGCACUCAGAGUCAGGCAUGCUUCCUGCAUAUGGAAUUCCUCUGCUUUGUUAUGCAUAAAUUGCAGAGUACACAAAUUGCUCUGUCAUUUAAAGUUAGACAGGCCCAAACAAGAAUUCUAGGUGAUGGUUAUUCAGAGACCCAACUAGGAUCAGGAGCUGCAGAAUGCCCUGAUUUUUGUAAAUCUAAAACCCAGUUCCAAACAGACCUAACCCACAGGGUGUCUGAAACCAGAUCCCAGGCUUACAGCUUGAGCCCAUCUAUGGAUUAAGCAUGCUGCAUCAGCAGUGCCUUAGCGUGGGCACUGGUUUCUUAGAACCCAGUGUUUAAAAUGGAGGAAGAACCCUCCCUUACUUAGGUCAUGAUGGAAGUCUUCAUUUUUCCUAGGCCAGCAUAGUCAGCCUAAAAUGCUAUGGGAGGAAUAUUAACCCUCAAUCCAUAAUGUAGAAGCUAGAGCAGAGGAAGUGAGUCAUGACUCCAGGAUUCUAUGCUUGACUGUGAUGCGGGACUUCAGGCAAGUUACUUAACCUCCUCAGUUGUUAAGGCUCCUUGACAGUCCCCUUAAAGUAAAGGAAGGGCCAUGUUUUAUUCCCCACCCCUUUCUGGUUUUCUAAAGUAACCAGAUGCUUUUUUCUGUCGUCUUCCACUAACCCUGUAAUUUAUGAAGUGCUCCUAUAGAUAAUACUACCCUCUCAAAUAUGUUUAGGUAGGGGGAACCCAUCUGUUGGGAAAGCUGUAUUAGGACUCCCUAUCUUUUGAUUGAAAAUGGGAGCGUGAGAUCGCACUGCCCCAAGGUUAAAGCUAAUGUGUCAUCUGGGAAGAUCGUCCCCCACUGGUGUCAGGAAAGACCCUUCUCUGUAUAUGGAAAUAACAAGAGAGACUUAGAAUUAGGUAGGACAAUAAAAAAAAACACAACUCAAAUGUAACUGUCAUUUGUUGAAUACUUUUUUUAAUUCAUAAUGUACUUUCCAUUGUUCUAGCUACUUUACAUUGAGAUUUGGCUGUGCAGCCUUUAUAGUCGCUAGUUUCCUAGCACGUAAGUAUCUUUAUCACACCUUGCGCACAGCGCAAAGUUUAUUAGUUACAGAGCCAAACACAGUUAGCCAGACAAUGCCUCAAAACACAACUGCUCUUCCUUCUGCAUGUGGUGUAGCCGCAGAGUUUGUGUUGCCACCACAGACUAGUCAACAAGACAGAGGUGAGCCUUGGCCUGUAUCUCUCCCUCCCAGUUUAGAAUGUGAUUAUGCAGAGGGGAAAUGCCCACUGUAGGGAUGGUCAUACAACCCACUCUUGUUGAUGUGAGUAAAUCCUUACUCAAAUGGAAUUACUUGCAAGAGUAAGGAUUACUCAUCUGAAUCUGGUUGCAGGCACUAGGCCCUUGUGUGGGGAAAAGUAUUCCAGGAAGGUAGCAGCACUACAUGGCCAUGGAACAUUUGAGGUGUGAGCUGUGGGGAAAAAAUGCAUUGCAACCAGCUGGAAACAUUGCAAAAUGUACAGUACCAAGAGUGCAGGUUGGUGCUUCCAUUUUUGUUCUGUUAAGUGUUUAAUGAGAGAGGGAGACAAGAGGCUCCCAAGCCAUCUCAGAAGAAUGACACUGGUGUGGCACAAGCUCCAGCCUUUUGUUGGCUAAAGUUGCUGUUUCUUAGCAGUAGCAGCUGCCAGUCUCCCACAGUCAAGGGCUGCUGGGGCAGUUCAGACUGAGCUUGGAAAUAGAACAUGCCUGACCAGCUCUGUCUGCUGCAUUUUUCUAACUCAAAAGAUCAGGUUCAGGAAGCUGGCCCUUUAAUGUUAGCAAUGAAACUGAUCAAAAUGAGUGAGGUAACAAAAAUUGUCGGAGGAGGAGCCUCCCUGAGUCAUGUGCAAAUAUAAUUCCUUCACCAGAAGGAAAGUCCUUUCCCAGCAUAACGCAAACUGCUUCAAGGAAGGACAAGCAGGGAUAGCAUCAGGUCAGUCCAUCUUGGACAGAGGGAGAGUGGGAUAGAAAAGAGCUGAUUGUCCUGCAGCAGGGAGGGGAGGAAAUGGAGCCAUGCAAGCACUAGCUGCAGAAUGUGCUCUCCCUGUGUAGCUAAGGGAAUGUUCAGCUAUGGCUGAGCAAGUGGAGGGGGGAGAGUAACACACUAUUUUGGCUGGUUUGCACAUUUAGAAAAAAGAAUGUUAUGGCACAAAAGAGAUUCACCAGCAAGCAGAGAGCAAGCACAGGCUGAUCAGACAGGGAGUGAAUAUUCAGUACAGUUCUCUCCUGCAAACAGUACAGCACAGUAGUAAUUUCUCAAGACUGGUUAUUUCAGACACUUUGGUCUUGUGGUGUUCACCCACAGUCUUGGUUAAACAAGAACAGAGGUAAUUUCACAACCCGUGCCCUCCUACUUCUCAACCUCAAGCCAGGUUCCAUUCUACCACCACAAGAAGCCAUCAGUGGUAGCAAAUCAGAGCCUAACAGCUUGCAAACUGCCAGGUGUGGCUGUGCUGAAAUAGGUGAAACCCACAAGAGGGCUUGAGGGGAAAGGAAGAGCAGCUUCACUGACAAAAACAUACAGCAGAAUUCUACCGUAACAAGCUCAGAAGGUUACCUUGUAGAAUAGUCACUGCAAGGAGCAAGACCCUUCCUCUAGGAUACUGAAGUAUUCUUUGGGGAAGGUUGGUUCUGGGUGCAUGUGGAAGGGACCUGUGCUACAGAGCAUGCAAAAGCCUGUAUGGCUGGCUAUGCUCUUCUCCUGUCAAACAUCAGCUAACUGUAGUAAGUAACCAAAAGAUCUUGCUCUCAAACCUGGUACAAAUUAUCAUGGGAUGUUCAUACCUUGCCUACAACUCAACUGAAAAGAUGCUAGUCAUCUUGACUGUGUAUCUCAUAGAUGGACUACCUGCCCUCAGCCUGUGUAGAGGGGGAAAAGCCCAUCUGUUUUGGAUAGUCCCCAAAGAGGACAGAGCUGAUCUCCCCUGAGGUGCCCCUACUCUUUCCAGCAGCACUCAGACCCCUUAUCCAGCAAGGGCCUGGGCAGAAAAGGAAAGACACUGACCCUCUGACGUGAUUGACACUAAGCUCUAUUAGCUUGUUUGGUGAGAGAAGCAUUGGUCAUUUUAGCUUUGGGCUGGAUUUGGAGAGAAGAGAUUGGAAGAGAUUUCUUCGAAUUCCACAUUCCAGUGCUGAAUGACAGAAAAGCCCCUGUCUGCCUUGCUCCAAAUCCUCUCCAUUCUGGUACUGCUAGCUGCAUGGCAAGUGAUGAGUGUCCAAGCCCUGGAAUGCAAAGCUACCAUAAAAAGGAAAGCGUGCCCUGUUCCUAGGUACUGGUAGGAAAGGGAUCCUCUCUUGUGUACUUAGCAUUCUAAUGCACAGAAAUUUAGACUGAGGGUUGCCAUUGUAUCUGAUGUUCAACCUCACUCUGCCUCGGCAUUGCUCCUCCUGUUCUGAGGAGCUCAAGGGGGAGUGAGUUGAAGGCAAUGUUGUACAUCUUAAUGUGCUUCAAGUUUCUAGCCACCACUGGAAGCAGAAGAGCCACAGCACCCUGAGAGAGGCUGUUUUUGUGAGAGUUCAUGCCCAACUCAACACAUUCUAUCCAGCAGUUUGGAGAGCUGCCAAGUUAGGCAGUCCAUCUCUUAGAUGCUUACCUGACCCAUAUCCAGCUCUAUCACUGCUUUCAUUCACAGCUGGACCUUCCUCCUUAUUUGCAUAGGAAUCACUGCAGACCCCUCACAAAAUGUCUUGCAGUGCACAUCAGCCAACUGGGGUUACGGUCUCAACUGCAGCUGUCCAUUUGUAACAAUCCCCCCUCCUAUAAAAAUGUAGGUUAGGAAAAUUAGCUGUUGACAACUAAGCAUAUACACAGAGGAAAUAUUGGGCUCAACUGUCCCCUUUACACCUGAGUAAAUCUUUGACUCCCUGGAAUUGUCUGGUUUUAAAUGCGAGAAGAAUUUGGCUUGCUGUACCUGACUGAUCAUUAUCUGUUUAUAUUUGGGAUGGGAAAAUGGGUCCGUUUAAGGGCUGCUGCUGGUGACACAAGCAUUAUUUCCACCGCGCAGCUUUCAGGUUAGAGCUCAGUAAAGCCAACACAUUAUACCUACAGCAAAAACCAUCUCUUCCUUUUAAACUGUGCAUUAAAAAAUACAUUUGGGUAGAAGGUUACACUCUACUAGAGAUGCACCCUUUCUAUCCAUAGAUUUUGUCUAAACUGGUGUAAUUUCCCGUUCGGGUAGACAUACCCGCUACCUCUGAUCAAGAUAACAUGGGUAUAGCUACUUGAGCUAGAAGUUACAGCUCCAGUGUAGACCUACUGAGUGAGAGAGAUCUUAGAUAGGAAACUGGUUUCAAAUUGGCACUGGCGAUUUAACCAUGCAAUCAGCUUUACCAGAGGGCAAAGUAGUCAAAGCUGGAGCAUUCAUGCCAGGGUUAGAUCUUGACAUUCACAACUACCAUCCAAGAUUAAAAUAUUUACAUACUAUGUACGCUGAUUUUGAAACUGUGAUUCAGGCUUUAGCUUUUAGCUUUAGCUGCAUAGGGAGUUCAGAGUUUUGUGACCUUGAUUCUUAUUAUUUUUGCUUAUCUAUUUUAAACCUAUUUUUUUAAUCGUGAUUCUUCCUAGCUAAUGGAUAACUUGUACUAUACAUUAAGGAUUGCACCCUUCCAAAAGCAUGGUUGCAUUAUAGUCAAGUACACAGGCUGAAAUUGUUUCCAUUCUUUCUCCACCCCGCUCUAACAGGAAUAUAGCAUUCCUACUAAGCCAAAGUUUUGAAAUGAGUCUAAGAGUGUUUACCUACCCAUCUUCCUCCUCUGCUCUUAGCUCUCCCACAUCUGAACUGCACACUUACCCUAGGAUGAUGGCUGUUUUACAAAUGAGUAAGUCUUGGGUUUAUGUAACUAAGCCCCCGUUUUCAAACACAGGCACUAUAUGGACACUACAGCCCAAAAUACCCGUUUUCAGGUAAGCACCGCGAGGCAGAAUGUAGGUACCUAAUUUAGGCAGCCAAGUUUGAAAACUGGGUUUAGCAAACAAACUCCUUUUUUUUCUCCACAUAUGGAAAGAUUAGAGCUGAGAAGCCGGGUCCCAGAUGAUCUGCCCUUCUACCCCUCCCUCACGCAGCACUAUUUAGGCCAUUUGCUCUUUAUGUUAGUUUGUGUAUAUUAUAUCUGGCUGGUGCUUUAGCUGCAGCAUGAAGGGGAGUGGAGUGGAAGGAUAAACCCUUUACAAAUCUAUUUCACAAUUGGUCAGCCACUGAAAAUCAAACCAAACAGUUCUGCCUGUGAACCUGAUUGAUUACUCACAGUGGAAGGACGAGGGCCUAUGGGGGCAGAAUGCCAAACAAAGGCUACGAACCUCCUCCCCACAGGUCAGCAGGGCAAUAAAUGUGUCUGCCCAUGUGUUUAGGCUAGGUCAAAACGGGCCAGCCUCAGAGAGAAGAGCUCAGGGUGAAAACUAACCUUCACCUCAGCUGUACUUACAGUAUCUUCCCUUCCAUUUAUCUCUAUCUCCAUUUUACCACUAGAAACCUCUGCUAGAUUAUCAACAAACUUUUAACCAUAAGCACACCUCAGGCUGGAAGUUUCGGAGGACCCUAAAGUAGUCAGGCACCCAACUCCCAUUGAACUGCAAUAGGAUUUGGGUACCUAACUCUUUUAGUCUCCUUUAAUCUUAAUUCUGGCUCCCUAUUGACAGUAAAUAAUCUACUUCAACCCCUAAUGCGAGAGGCAAAGAAAUGGGUGUGUUUCUUCGCUGCAAGUGGAGCAGAGAAGCAAAGGGUGAGGAUCUGAGUUUAAAAAAGGCUAGCUAAGCAGAGCUAUGAGCCAACAAAGGAUACACUAGCUGAAAGCCAGAGAGGAAUUAUUGCCAGGAAAAGCUUCCUGACACUAAGGGCUUCUCUCUAUGUACAGCUGCACUGAUUUAACUAACAAUAUGAUGAUACAGUGGUGUGUCUGCAUGUGUAGACACUUUUAACCGUUUAGCUUAUAAAUUUACAGGCUGGGGAUACACCAUUUUGAAACUGGUUAUGAAUGGAUACACAGUAAUCUGCAGCAGUUUAACUAAAGCACCACAAGUUUAAGUAGGUCUGUGAUGUGCUGGAUGGAACAGACUCUUCCAGGGAAGCUGUGGCUCUUGGACAAAACUCUAGAAAAUGGACUGCCGGGAUAAGGUGUAGACUAGAUGGACAGAUCUUUAACUGGCUGUAGGAGACACUGAAAAGCCUGUAUCAGAGGGGUAGCCAUGUUAGUCUGGAUCUGUAAAAGCAGCAAAGAAUCCUGAGGCACCUUAUAGACU